UCAGUUACUUGCUUGAGUCAAAUGUCAAAGUGCUAGUUUUCGUUUUGGCGAAAGUAUAUGCUGUGUACAUGUGAUAUUGUUUUUGCCUCGGAUUUUUUUUACGUUAGCAAGCGAUUUAUAGGAAGCUGUAUUUGUAGUAAUUUUGCAGUGUGAAGCAAGCAAACGUUUUGAGAUGCAACUAGUGUGACUUCUGUGAUUUUCAGAAGGGGGUAGUACAUGCAAGACAUAUCCCUUAUACCCCUUCAGUAGAUCGUGGCUGGGUUAGUUAGUGUGGUUUGGUGAUAGAGGGCGUUAAUAUUAUGGCAGAACGGUGGCGUGCAGCAUCUAGAUACUGGAUGCAGAUUGAAGUUACGUUACAAGCAGGACAACGUUUAGGUAUGCGUGGGAGCUGCGGCCGCACGUUUAUCACCAGGAGGGCUGCUUCUAGUAUCUUCACUACGUUACAGAAUGAAACCCAUGUUGAGCGCAGUAAUACGAACGCUUUUUUCUUCACUACCCCUAUUUUUUAUGUAAAUGCAGCACCCCAUCUGGGCCAUCUCUACUCUGCUGUUCUUGCAGAUGCGCUGCAUCGAUACCGGCUUCUUACGGGGCAUAGGUCUAAAUUCUCCACAGGAACAGAUGAGCAUGGAUUAAAAAUUAAGCAAGCUGCCUCUGCUGCUGGGAAAGAUCCUUUGGAAUUCUGCACUGAAGUGUCAGAAAAGUUCAAGUCUUUGUUCGAUCUUGGCUUGAUUUCCUACACUGAUUAUAUAAGAACAACAGAUGAACGUCACAAACAAGCAGUGCAGCAUUUCUGGUUACGCUUGGUAGAAAAAGGACAUAUUUACAAAGGGGUUUAUGAAGGUUGGUACUCUACAUCUGAUGAAAGCUUCCUCACUGAAUCCCAAGUGACAGAUGUCACAGAUAAGAAUGGAAACCCUGUCAAAGUCUCUCUUGAAAGUGGACAUCAGGUGGAGUGGACUAAAGAAGAAAACUACAUGUUUCGACUGUCUGAGUUCAGACCAUUGCUAUUGAACUGGCUGCACAACAAAAAACAUGUGGUAUGGCCAGAACCUUUUUACCACAUUGUUUUUCAGUGGUUACAAGAAGAUAUUCCUGACUUAUCAGUGUCUCGACAAAGUAGUAGGCUGAAAUGGGGUGUGCCAGUUCCUGGUGAUCCAGAUCAGACUGUAUAUGUAUGGUUGGAUGCUUUAGUAAAUUAUCUUACAGUAGCAGGAUAUCCUGAAGCACAUAAUCAGUGGUGGCCAGCAGCCAGCCACAUAGUAGGCAAAGAUAUCCUAAAAUUUCAUGCUGUAUACUGGCCUGCAUUUCUUAUGGCUGUGGGUCUCUCACCACCUAAACAAAUUUAUGUACAUUCCCACUGGACAGUGAAUGGGCAGAAGAUGUCUAAAAGUCUGGGAAAUGUGAUCAAUCCAUUGGACAAAUUCUCACUGUACACUGUAGAUGGCCUUCGAUAUUUUCUCCUUUGGCAAGGGGUCCCAGAUACAGACUGUGACUAUUAUGAAGAGAAGGUGGUUAGACUUCUGAAUUCUGACCUGGCUAGUUCCUUGGGAGGUCUUCUUAACCGUUGUACAGCUAUUAGUAUCAAUCCUGAGCAGAUCUAUCCCGCUUUCUGCAAUGAGCAUUUUCCAAACAAGAGGCUUGAUCACAAAAUGGCAUACCUAGGAAAUGCAAAAGCAGAAGAUUAUAAGUUGAUUGAAAGUGUUGAACAGCUUCUGGUUGAAGUCAGGAACUAUUUUGAAAGUUUCCAGAUCUAUAAGGCACUGGCAUCAAUAAGUUUACGAGUCAAACAGACUAAUAAUUUCUAUCAAAGACAUGCCCCUUGGAAACUUGAUAGGCAAAAGAGGGAUGACCAGAUGUGGCUGGGCACUGUCCAGUAUGUCACCUUUGAGUGUUUGCGUGUCUAUGGCACUCUUCUGCAACCUGUUGUGCCAUCAUUAGCCAGUAAACUGCUCUCCAGACUUGGCAUACGUGAGCAUGAACGGUGCUGGAAUGAUGUGCAGUUUUUAGCCCGAUACUAUGAAAAACCUUGCCGUUUUGAAGGGCGAUCCCUUGGAGCAGAUACUGGGAUAUUAUUUGGAAGGAUUGAGCGAUCAACAUACAAAAUCCAGUAGUAUGGAACUGGUGAUGGCUGUCCUUAUUAAAAACUUGGUGUGUUUGGUGUGUGUCUAUGUGUAUAUUAUAUAUAUGUAUAUGUAUGUGUGUAUGUAUGUAUGU